AUGGCUUCCUCCAGCAGUCUCAGUCGAAGAGAGUUCCUGUGCUCUAUCUGUCUGGAUGUGUUCACUGAGCCAGUCACCACUUCAUGUGGACACAACUUCUGCAUGGCCUGUAUCACUAAGUACUGGAAUAGCAAGGACCUGUAUCAAUGUCCACUGUGUCAGGAGAAAUUCUCCAGACGACCUAAGCUUUGUGUCAACACAACGUUCAGAGAAGUUAUAGAGAAUUUUAAAAAUAUGAGAGAUAGAGUUAGAGAUGGGUCCCCUCCCAAACCUAAAAUAGUGCCCUGUGACGUCUGCACUGAGGAGAAGCAGAAAGCAGUAGAGAGGCAGGCUGAAGGGCUCAUUAAAGAACUGGAGCAGGAAAUCACUGAGCUAAAGAGGAGAAGCACUGAGCUGAAGCAGCUCUCCCACAGUGAGGACCACCUCCAACUUCUCCAGAGCUUCCUAUCCCUAGUGUGCAACCCUCCACCCACCAAGAGCUGGUCUGAGAUCAGUGUUCACAGUGAUCUGUUUGUGGGGACUGUGAGGAGAGCUGUCUCUCAGCUGGAGGAGACACUGAAUAAAGAGAUGGAGAAGCUGCCUGGAGUCAAACUGAAGAGGAUUCAGCAGUAUGCAGUGGAUGUGACUCUGGAACCUGAUACAGCACAUCCCAGUCUCAUCCUGUCUGAAGAUGGGAAACAAGUAAGAUAUGGAAAUACACUACAGAAUAUUUCUGACAAUCCAAAAAGGUUUGAUUGUCAUCGCUUUGUCCUUGGAAAGGAUGGCUUCUCCUCAGGAAGAUUUUACUAUGAGGUGACAGUUAAGGGUAAGACUAGAUGGAAUUUAGGAGUGGCCAGAGAGUCCACUGACAGGAAGGGGAUUAUCACACCGAGACCUGAGGAUGGACUCUGGACUGUGUCGCGAAGGGAUGAGAAUGUGUACCUUAAUGGAACCUUAAACUCUAUCCUCUCCCUGACAGAGAAGCCCCAGAAGGUGGGGGUGUUUGUGGACUAUGAGGAGGGUCAGGUCUCCUUUUAUGAUGUGGAGGCCAGGUCUCAUAUCUACUCUUUCACUGGAUGCACCUUUACAGAGAAGCUCUUUCCAUGCUUAGGCCCCUCUGAUAAUGAUGAUGGUCAAAACUCAGCCCCUCUCAUCAUCUCUCCUGUCAAUCACACACACUGAUUAAACGAUGGAGAGGGAACAGAUAAUUAAUUAAUUACAU